AAAGUAGGUUGAACCGUGUGCUGAUUUUCCUAGGUUAGAAUUGAAUAAAGUGCAAGAAAUAUUUAAUAAAAUGUUUGUACUCUUAAAAUCAACAAAUACUUUAACACAAUUAAACAAAACAUGUGUAAAUAUAGUAAGAAAUGGUCAUCACUUAAGAGGAAAGCCACCUGGAGUUGCAAAAUCUCUCCAACAGAGAUUAGAAGAAAUUAACUACAAGGAUCCAAAGCUCACUUUCAAAGUGAAUAUUGGAUUUGCUGCUUCAAAGACAGUCCAGGAUCAGGCCAGUCGCAUUGGUGUUUUAAAAAACAACAGACAAAAUAAGGAACUGGAGAAACAAUCAAGAAAUCAGUCAUUGUUGAUUAAUUUGGAUGAUGUGAAAAAAGAGUGGUUGACACAAGGUGGGCCCCAACAUAUUCAACAAAUUGCAGAACAUUAUGGAGUAUUUGAACAUCUCUUUGGGGAUGCUUACUUUGCUCCAGUGGUACCCUUACAUGUAAAAUACAAUAUAGGAGGGGAUAAAGUAGCUCCAGUUUAUUAUGGAAAUGUUUUGAAACCAAGUGAUACAGCAAGUGCUCCUGAAGUUGAAUUUAAUAGUCCCAAGGGAAAUGAUGGACUAUGGACACUAAUUAUGACCAAUCCUGAUGGGCAUUUAACUGAGAAUAACAAGGAAUAUGUGCAUUGGUUUGUAGGCAAUAUUCCUGGUGAUCAGUUCAGUAAAGGUGAAACAAUUGUGAACUACCUGCAGUCUUUUCCUCCGAAAGGCACCGGAUUCCACCGUCAUAUCUUUGUUCUUUACAAACAAGAGAAAAAAUUGGAUUUCUCUGCGUGGAAACGCGAUGGCGCAUGUUUAAACCUUUCAGAUAGAACAUUCUCAACUCAGGAAUUCUAUAGAGGUUUACAGGAUGAUUUAACACCCGCAGGACUUGCAUUCUUCCAAGCUGAUUGGGAUUCCUCCUUAAAUGAGUUUUACCAUAAUAAAUUAAAUAUGCAAGAACCAAUCUUUGAAUAUGAUUUUCCCGAAACCUAUGUGAAGAAGCAAGAGUGGUUCCCGCUGAGAGAAGCCUUCAACUUGUAUAUGGACCGUUAUAGAGAUCCGAAACAAAUUAACAAAGAAUUUCUGUUGCGGAAAUUAAAGGAUGUGGAUCCCUUUUCACCGCCUAAGAAGCCACUGCCAUAUCCAAAUGCUGUUAAGUAUGAGGGUUAUGUCCCCAGUUGGUUGAAGUUGGAAAAGACGAAGUCGCGCAACAAGUGGGGUCGAAUUAACGAUAUAUAAUUGUAUAGAUCUAACAUGUUAUGUAAUUGCUAUGUGGAAGUUUAUAAAUAAAGUGUUUUUUACACUCAAAA